AUUGACCAAACAACCAUGUCUAGAUCUUCAUACCCACACUAUUAUGCUAAGCUCGUGACAUCUCUUCUCAUCAUCGUUCUUCUUUCGUCGCCGGCUCUAAACAGUUUCUCCAUCAAAGAAGCCACCGUGUAUGAACUUCAACUCGCCUUUAGAAAAAACGAGCUCACAUCAACUCAACUUGUUGAAUUCUAUCUUAAGGAAAUCGAGAAGCUUAACCCACUUCUUAAAGGGAUCAUAGAAGUCAAUCCGGAUGCACUAAGCCAAGCCAAUGAAGUUGACAUCGAAAGAAUUAGUAUGAAGAAGAAGAAGAAGGUGACCAUUGCAUCACUCUAUAGUCUUCAUGGAAUUCCAAUUCUCCUCAAGGAUAAUAUCGCGACCAAGGAUAAACUUAACACCACCGCGGGAUCGUUCGCAUUGCUAAACUCGGUCGUGGCUAAGGACGCCGGAGUAGUUAAGAAGUUGAGGAAUGGUGGUGCUAUUAUACUCGGGAAGGCUAGUUUAAGUGAAUGGGCAAAUUUUCGAUCUCUUAAUGCACCCAAUGGUUGGAGUGGUAGAGGUGGCCAAGGUAAGAAUCCUUAUGUAUUAUCGGCCGACACAUGUGGGUCAAGCAGCGGCUCAGCCAUAUCGGUGGCGGCAAAUAUGGUGGCGGUUUCAGUCGGGACAGAGACCGAUGGUUCCAUCAUAUGCCCCUCUAGCUUCAACGGAGUAGUGGGGAUUAAACCAACAGUUGGUCUCACCAGUCGGGCAGGUGUAAUUCCAAUAUCACCAAGACAAGACACCAUUGGGCCUAUAUGUAGGACAGUGGCCGAUGCUGUCUCCGUCCUUAAUACCAUAGUUGGUUUCGACCCCGACGACUCUCAAGCAACAAUGGAAGCUUCCAAGUACAUUCCAAGUGGUGGGUAUUUGCAGUUUCUCAAAGUUGAUGGAUUAAAAGGGAAGAGAUUAGGCAUUUUGAGGAACCCUUUUUUCAGAUUCUCAAAUGGAUCAAACCUCAAUCUUGUCUUUGACAAACACUUGAAGACACUAAAGAGACAUGGCGCAAUCUUGAUAGACAAUCUAGAAAUAACAAACAUUGGUCAGAUUUUGAAUUUCUCUUCUAGUGGUGAAGAAGUUGCCUUAUUAGCCGAAUUCAAACUCUCGAUAAAUGCCUACUUGAAAGCACUAGUAUCUUCCCCGGUUCGUUCCUUGUCCGACGCGAUAAACUUCAACCAAAAUAACGCGGAUCUGGAGAUGAUUAAAGAAUUUGGGCAAGUGAUAUUCCUUGCAGCACAAGCGACAAAUGGGAUUGGAGAAAUAGAAGAUAAUGCAUUAGCUAGUUUGGCGUUAUUGAACAAAGAAGGAUUUGAAAAGACGAUGAACGAUAACAAAUUAGAUGCGGUUGUGACGCCUGGUUUUAAUGCUGCGACGAUUCUUGCGAUUGGAGGAUACCCGGGAAUUAGUGUACCGGCUGGAUUUGAUAAUGAAGGGGUUCCAAUUGGAAUACUAUUUGGAGGAUUGAAAGGAUUUGAACCUAGAUUGAUUGAGAUUGCUUAUGGAUUUGAACAGGCUACUAAAGUUAGAAUUCCCCCUUCAUUCAAACCUUGAAAAUCAAAAGCUUAUAUAGAAAUAUGAAUUUUUAUUUUUAAAUUUGAGUGAUGAAAGUUUGUAAU